UGACUUGGUUACUUCUUGCCUAUGCUAUGGAAAUGUACUAAAGAACAUAGAUGGACUGCAUCAUUUGAUAGCAUAAAAAAUAAAAGGUUAUGGUGUCCAUAUUGCCUAAGAAUACUCUCAAUAUUGCUAAGAUGGUUGCAAUUAAUAAAGGUGGAGACUGUAUUUCAAAUAAAUAUAUUAAUGGUUCACCUCAUUUGAGAUGGAAAUGUGCAAGAGAUUAUGAAUGAAAUGCAACACUUGAAAAUGUAAAAAAUUGAUAUUCAUGGUGCCCCAUAUGUGUUGGACGUAAAAUCGUAACUAACUACUCAGAAAAAUUGCUGGCCGGAUUUCUUAAAAACACCUAAAUACUCUCGAGAGUUACUUGAUAUAUUCAUCCAGAAUAUGGUUUUGCAAUCGAAGUGCAAGGAGAACAGCAUGAAAAUUAUAUAGAAUUCUUUCAUAGAGUAGGACCCGAAUAAUUUUAUCAAGCACGGGAUCAACUCAAGAAAGAAUUAUGCGCCUUAAGGGUUUGUUUGGUAUUACGAAGACCCA